UCUGAGUAAAUGGUGCUGAGGAUUUGUCCCACUGGGAAUCCAUACAGCUUCAGGGGGAGCUGCUUGUCCUCCACUGCUCCGAGUCUUUGGCCACAAGCAUGGAGCCCCACAUCAGUCCCCUUGCUGCAAGUACAAAAGUUGGUGAUUGGGAGCUGCUGCUAAGAACUAGGCACCAGCUAACAAAGUUUAAUUAACUUCUGUUUGCUCUGAGAUUAAUUGUAUCACUCCUCGCUCGCACUCAUACUGGUGACUUCAUGCCCUGGAUGGGAUCCUCUGCAGAGCUAUUUGCAGCCUCUGCAGAGAGGGACAGCAGGAAUGGGACGACAGCUGUUAGAGGAGAGCUGAGAAGAAACAGCUGAAAUAUUUUCAGAUAUUUUUCUAUAUUUCCACUGAGGGAAACAGUCUUUCUGGCCUUCCUUUAUUUUUGCCUUGUGAAAAUGUGCAGUCAUUCCACCAGACACUAGAUUUUCUAUUCAGACAAAACUUUCAAAUUUGAGGUUGCCAAAGAUCAGACAAAAAGUUGUUCUGUAAGUGCAGAAAUGAAAGAAUCCCGGUCCCUUUGGGUUCCUCUCCCCUUGCACUGGAUCUCCUUGCCAACCUGCAGCCUCCAGGAGCACCCACUGAGGGGUCUGUUGCUUUGGCUGUGGCAUCUGGGUCUACAUUUAACUGCAGAAGACAAGUAGUGAGAUCUAAAACCAUUAGGGGGAACCAAAUGGCUUAACCUCGGUGUCUCCUCUUCUUGUGUUGUCACUAAGGUUUCAGAGCUCAAAUGUCUUUAAUAUUUGGUUGAAUUUGGCAGGUGACCAACGGGAGCAAAAGUAGUAUAAGAAAGACAUAAAAUGGUUGGAGAACGCCUGAAGACAGGCUGUAAAGAUGGUGGAGAAUCUAGAGAGCAAGGCAUACGAGGAGCAGCUGAGGCUCCUGGUUUGCCCAGCCUAGAGCAAAGGAGCUGAUGGCAGCUGCAGCUCCACACAGGGAGCAGAGGGGCAGCGUUGAGCUCUGCUCUCUCUGAUAGCGGCACGGCCCGAUGGAGCGGUGUUAAGCUUCAUACUGCAUCUCUGGGAGGCUUUUCUCAGCAUGCAGUCCCUUUAGAUUUGGGUGUGAUAACCAAGCACAUCUGGCACGUUGGACUUCUGGCUUGCAUUCUUCUGUCAUCCUGCUUUUCUGAAGAACACACUAUUCCUUUGCCCUAGGCUUGAGCAGUAAAGAUCUGACUGCUGGUUGAACUGUUACCUCUUUGCUGUGAUGGAAAAGUGCUCAUCUAAAACAAGCCCCUUGUUAUGCUGCUAAAACUGCCUCUGAAUACAAGAUCUGUGGUGAUUGUUAAAACACAAACCCCAAAAUGUCGGAACCCGACCCCUCAUCUGGUUUUGUAGGAAACAUGGAAAAUGGGACUUUUCUGGAGCUAUAUCCCACGUCGCUUUCAACAUCUGUGGAUUCAUCAGCUGGCCGUUUAUCCAACGUCUACGUCUAUGUUUCUAUAUUCCUCAGUCUCUUAGCUUUCCUCCUUUUGCUAUUGAUCAUUGCACUUCAGAGGCUGAAAAACAUAAUUUCUUCCAGUUCCUCAUACCCAGAAUAUAACAGUGAUGCUGGAAGUUCUUUCACUAAUUUAGAAGUCUGUAGUAUUUCUUCCCAGCGGUCUGCUCUUUCAAACCUUUCUUCAUGAAACUAAAUGAAAGGGAAUAUAUAGGGCAUGGAGAAGCUUUGUCUAGUUUCUAGGGGAGGUAGUGCAUGCAACAUUUGCCUUAGGAGACGAUGAUGAAAAGGUGGCAUUUAAAGUUUAGUUUUUUCUUUCCUUUUCUAGUCUUCAUUUUCCCUUUUACUAAUGUUGAUUUGCAUUUUGGAUAAUGACUCUUGAUCAUUGUUUCAUGCCUGUAAUUGCGAUGCUUUUUCUCACACAUAUGUGGUGUUCAUUAGGAGUAUUCCUGCCAAACUGUAAUAUGGUUCUAAGUAGAUGUGUCAUUUUUUUCUGCUCUAGUAGUGGCCCCUUUCCUGGUUUUGUAUUAAUAAUACGUUGUUUUUCCUUUUUUAAUUAGAAAAGGAUAAAAUCUCUAUUGCAAAAGUAACAAAAAUGAGCUUAAAUUAUCAAUAUAGUUUGUGGGACAACCUAAAGUUGUUGACAUUGUUUCCUUUUUUGUUUUUCUUGUCUUUUUCAGUAUUUAUUGGUGUUUAUUGAAUGCAACUAAAAUCCAUCUCCUGAAGAAUGUUACAUUUAUUUAUUUGUACUUCCAAAUCAUUCUGGAUAAAGUUGUCUGUAUUUCA